AUGGCCAUGAUCUCUUCACUACUGGUUCUGUUGCUUUUACUGGCAGGUCAGCUGACGGAGGCUCGUAGCACAACAGAAAAUGCAGUCCUGCAAACUCCAAGGAACCUGGGACCUUGCUUUUCAAGCCCAUGUCGGAACCAGGGUGUUUGUAGCAUCGCCGAAGGCAAGCCAAGUUGUGCCUGUAAGCCGGGAUUCACGGGAUCAUUCUGCGAAGGAAUGGCGGUAGAGCUGCAAUGUGAGGAAGAGUUCAUGAUGAUGAUGGUGAGAAAGGAAGUGUUUGAAAUGUUCAAUAUCCCAUUGGCAUGGAUCCACCUGAAGAACGUCAACUGCAAAGUCUCUGAGCAAAAUCGAAGUGGCGCGGCAUUCUUCGGGGCAAAGCUGACGAAAGAGAAUCACACGGCCUGUGGAUCUCUGAUUCAGGUCAAUGGCUCUCAUGUGUCUUACGCCAAUGAGAUUCAAACAGACAGAGAGGACAAGGGGGUGAUCACAAGAACUGUGGUUCUUAAUGUGCGUUUCUCCUGCGUCUACGCCUACACACAAAUUGUUGGCUUGCAAAACCCACUCAGGGCUGUUGACACGCUUGUUCAGUUUGAGGUGAAGGAAGGGGACUUCACGGUGACCAUGGCGCUGUAUGACAGCCCCAGCUAUGAUCAGGCCUACUCCCAGCAGCAGUUACUUUCCCUCGUCCUGACAGACACCCUUUAUGUCCUUCUGCAAAUCAAAGGGCAGCAGCAGGUGAAGUACUUCUUCCUGAGCGUGGACGACUGCUGGGGCACUCCCAGAAACAACCCAGAGGACAGCCUAAAGCACCACCUGAUUAUGAAAGGGUGUCCCCGUGACACAACUGUGACCUUGCUCAAUCACAUUGGCACCAGCACCGUGGCAAAGUUCAGUUUUCAGAUGUUCCAGUUUAAAAACUUCUCCGAGGUGUACCUUCACUGCCAGGUGCACCUGUGCAUUCCAGAAAACCAAGAGCCCUGUGCCAAGCAAUGUCCCAGUAAGUCGAAGCACAAGAGAGCGAUGGAUGACAACUACAGUAAGAUAGUUUCCUAUGGACCUAUUAGUCUCCUGGCCCCUUCUUCCGUGGAAACACAGAACCCAAUGUCCAGUGGUAGCCAAGAGUCUCCUCCAUGGGCCAAAACAGCCCUGGUGGAGAGUUACUUCCAUAACUUUGGAGAGCAGAAGAUAAGAGAAAAAGGGUACUGGGAGUAUUUCCCCCUCAACAGUGUGAAUGUGCACAAAGAGUACAGGAAGUUCUUCUAA